GGUUCUACAAUGGAGGAAAAUCAAAGAUUUAGCUACUCUUGUUGUCUUUCAACCACUCCUUUCAUUUACGAGACGAUACCUGAUAGACUACGCCACCUAGCGGCUGCAGAUCAAGACAGAGAAGCGUUUGUUUUCUACGAAUUUAGUAAACAAAGAAAAAGUCUUACAAGAAAACAACUAUUAGAUCAAGCUACCAUUGCUGCAGAAAACUUUGUAAAGUAUGGUGUCGAAAAAGGGUCAACAGUUGCGAUAUGCAUGACUAAUUCUUUAGAAAUGUUGACAUCAAACUUAGGCGUGAUUAUGGCGGGAGGCGUUCCAUUUUAUGUAUCAGCUAAUCUCAAGGACGGAAGUGAUUUGGCAGAGUUUAUCAACAACCUCGAGGCGAAGUUCCUUAUAAUAGAUACUAAUACAGGGGAUGAAAAUUGGAAAGUCCUUGAAAAUAUUUGGCCUGAAGGUCAGAGUCGGUCAGAGGUCACGCCAUGUCUUGAAAUGGUGAUUUGUAAUGGAAAGGUAGAAAGAGAAACCGAAACAAGAAAGAGACUUUCUUAGUUUCAACAGAAAAGUUAUGACAAUCUUGUAAAACUGGCAAUUAUUCACCCCGAGGACACGUUAGCUUAUUUUUGUACUUCCGGCUCAACCGGUAAGCCAAAAAUAAUUGUUUACACACAUUUUGGGAUAAUGAACUGGAC